GCCAGGAGUGAGGAUGUAGUCAACAACACAGAACUUCUAGGAAACUCUUCGGAUCCUAACAAAGAUAUGUACGUAAUUCAUGCUAUGGUGUAUCAAGUGGGCAUUGUCACCAACAAAACUGAUAAUGAAACAGCCAACAUGAAUUCUACGGGCAACCAAGAGGCUGUGACAUUCUUCCACACAAACGGCUCGGCAGGUCUGGAUUUGAGCAAGAUUCCCGCCCCACUUCUCACGAACGUGACUGCUCAAAGUAUGGUAGGAGUGGCACCGGUGGCUGUGAACCCAGAAAAUGCUACAAACCAACUGCCCUGGAGUACUUUAGACCAUUUAGCCAAUAUGGAACCUGUACCACCUCCCGUGGCAGCAGAUCCAAAAUCGAGAAGAUCGAUAAGAAGUAUUGACAUCACGGAUGCAGAUACGCCUUUGAAUAAUUUCUACAAGAAUUUAUUUAAAAGGGAGCUCGGUGACAAGCCAGUUGCCGUGAACAGUGGUUCAGCGGUCAUUCCACAGGCGGCCGGAGUCCAGUCCAUUGCCAUCCCACCUUUGCUGACCCUUAACAACAACAUGUCAGAUAUACCAGUACCUAUACCCAACACUUCUGUAGUACACUACUCGAAAAUCAAUACUCUUGUUACAAAACCUUAA